UUCCAGCGGAGGUUGCUCAAAAAAAAAAAAAAAAGUCCCAGCGGAGAAGCUGAGCAAAAUAGCGAUCCCCGGCGGCUAACCUGGAUCCAAAUCCCUACCCACCUUCUCUUCUCGAUUUCCCUCUCCAUUGGCCAACAUUUACAAGGGGCGUACAGAUUCGCCGGAACCUUUUCCGAGCGUUUCCUCUCUUAAUUGCUUCACCGUCUGUUCUCGGUGGCUCGGCGAGCCAUGGGCGGGGGUGAAGACGGAGGCUCCUUCGAUUUCCGUCGACUUCUUUUCGACGGUGCCAUAGCUGGAGCAGCUGCAGGCGUUGUUGUGGAAACAGCUUUAUAUCCGAUCGACACGGUAAAAACCAGGCUCCAGGCUGCAAAAGGCAUAAGUAAAAUUGAAUGGAAAGGCUUGUAUGCUGGGUUAGCUGGAAACAUUGUUGGCGUUCUUCCCGCUUCUGCAAUAUUUGUGGGGGUAUAUGAACCAACUAAAAGAAAACUGCUGGAAAUUUUUCCUGAAUAUUUGAGUGCUGUUGCUCAUUUGACUGCAGGGGCAAUUGGAGGGGCUGCUUCUUCUCUUAUUCGUGUUCCUACAGAGGUGGUUAAGCAAAGAAUGCAACUGAGUGAAUUCAAGUCUGCACCUGAUGCUGUCCGCCUUAUUCUUCGUAAAGAAGGAAUUAAAGGUCUUUAUGCUGGCUAUGGUUCUUUUCUGCUCCGAGAUCUGCCAUUUGAUGCUAUUCAGUUCUGUAUAUAUGAGCAACUUCGGAUCGGCUAUAAACUGGCGGCAAAGAGAGACUUGAAAGAUGCAGAGAAUGCAAUUAUCGGUGCUUUUGCUGGUGUAUUUACUGGGGCUGUAACAACACCCCUUGAUGUCUUGAAGACAAGAUUGAUGGUUCAGGGACAAGCAAACCAGUACAAUGGAAUUAUUAGCUGUGCUAAAACAAUUCUACGGGAAGAAGGUGCAGGUGCUUUCUUGAAGGGCAUUGAGCCAAGGGUGUUAUGGAUUGGCAUCGGCGGAUCCAUAUUUUUUCUUGUACUGGAGAAAACAAAAUUGAUUUUAGCUGAGAAGAACAACCACAAAGAGGCCAAACAUACAAUGUAGGUUUUGUAUGAGGCCUGAGGGCCAUUUCAUUGGUAUAUGCAGUGACCAGUGUGUUGUGCGCCUAGUCCAGUUUAGGAGCUCCAGUUGACAUCCUUGCACACUGCCUUUGCAGCGUAGAAUUUGCUAGGGCAGUUUUCAUGGGGUUAGCAUGUAUACCCUACCUUGUUUUUUU